GCGAACCAACGGCAAACUUUUCACUUUUUCUUUUUCCAAAGAAGUUUGCUUCCCACAAAUACCAAAUUCGAAUUCAAGUAGACGUCGUGUCACUACUUCUUCAUUACGGCUCGUAAAUAGAAUAUCGCCGAAAAACAUAUUUUUUAACCAUUAAUUACCUCAUAAUAAAUUAAAAAAUGUACAAAUUUGGUCUCAUUUGCAUUGCCCUUUUGGCUAUGACCAACUGCUGCCUGUCAUCGGAAGAUGAAACCAGCGCCAGGCUCUUGGUCUCCAAACAAAUCAUGAACAAAUAUUUGGUGGAGAAGAGUGACUUGGUUGUCAAGUACACUGUCUACAAUGUUGGCAAUGGAGCCGCUGUCAAUGUUAAAUUGGUCGACAAUGGAUUCCAUCCGGAAGCAUUCGAAAUUGUUGGAGGUCAAUUGAGUGCCAGCGUGGAUCGCAUUGCCCCACAAACUAACUACACCCAUGUCGUUGUGGUUCGUCCAAAAUCUUAUGGAUACUUUAACUUCACAGCUGCCGAGGUCACUUACAAACCAGUUGAAGAAGCUGAAAAGAUCCAACUGGCAAUCAGUUCUGAACCUGGUGAGGGUGGAAUUGUUAACUUGACCGAAUUCAACAAACGUUUCUCAUCUCAUUUCUUCGAUUGGGUUGCAUUCGCUAUCAUGACUUUGCCUUCGUUGGCUAUUCCAUUGGGAUUAUGGCAUUCGUCUAAGAGCAAAUAUGAGAAAUACAACAAGAACAAGAAGCACUAAAGUGGAGGAGUUCUUCUCAUAAAAUUAAUUUUAAUUUUUUUUUU